CACCUUCCAUUCUCACUGCCUCAGUCCUCUCACUCUCUCUCUCUCUCUGGCUCUCUCUCUUCUCUCUCUCUCUCUCUCUCUCAUCUCUGCGAUUUGUCCAUAGUAGAGAAGAAGAUGUUGCUUGGGAAGCGUCCACGCCCUCCAAUCAAGAGAACAACGAGCAUGACUGGGAUAACCGUGGAUCCUAGCGUCUUGGAACCUCAGGAACCGUCCGAUCACCAAGACCCCAUCAAAGAUCAUGCAAUAGCUGCGGGCCCAGACAUGAAUUUCGUUCCCAAUGGAGGAUAUGACCAACGUUUGUCGCCCAUGGUGUCACCGAGAUCGACCCAGAGGAGGAACUCCGGUGAUCAUUUCACGGAGGACACAGCCCACUUUCUUCACACCUGCGGCCUCUGCAAACGACGCCUCCCACCUGGCCGAGACAUCUACAUGUAUAGGGGGGAUACAGCGUUUUGUAGUUUAGAGUGCCGGGAGCAACAGAUGAAGCAGGAUGAGAGAAAAGAGAAGUGCACGGUGGCGUCAAAGAAAGAAGGCCGCCACGAGUCGCCUUCGACGGCAGCCAGCAAGGCGUCAAGUAAGAGUGAGACGGUGGUCGCCGCUUAAAGAAGAAGGGUUGGAGAGACAGUGAUCGAGCUAGCAGAAAGAUACCUAGAGGGAGAUAUAUAUAUAUAUAUAUAUUUAUAUAUAGCGAGAAACAGUGCAAUCCAUCUCCUCCGAUCCAUUUUCCCCCGUAACUAUCUACGUUAAUACACGUUAAUAAUGCAACGGUUACUAAUGUAUAAAAAUUGUACAAAAGGCUUCACUGCUGUAUUAAUGUAUGGUGGCUAAUGCAAAUGGGCGGAGCUCAGAUCAGUACUCUGCUAGCUCCUUUCAAA